AUGUCCGACCCAGCGAACUACACUGUGGGCUGGAUCUGCGCCUUACAAGUGGAAUACGUUGCCGCACAAGUCUUUCUCGAUGAGGAGCAUGAAAGACCGAGCUUUGUGUCGCCAAAUGAUACCAACGACUAUGCGUUAGGCAAGAUCAGCGGACACAAUGUUGUUAUCGCUGUGUUGCCUGAUGGUGAUUAUGGUACCGCCUCCGCGGCGAAUGUAGCAACAAACAUGCUGAACACCUUUUACAACAUCAGAAUAGGUCUCAUGGUCGGCAUUGGUGGUAGCGUACUGAGUGACAGCCAUGAUAUUCGUCUGGGAGAUGUUGUGGUCAGUGCGCCUCGUGGAGGUGAGGGGGGUGUAUUCCAGUACGACUUUGGCAAGUCUAUCCAGGGUCAAGGUUUUCAGCAUACGCGGUUCCUCAGUCAACCACCAACUAAAAUUCGCACUGCAGUUAUGGGAAUAACGUCGCAAUACAAGAGAAAGGGAUAUCGGCCAGAGGAGGCCAUCAAUGGCAUUAUCGAGACAAACCCUCGGCUACGCUGCGAGUACGAAAGGCCGCCAGCCAACUCCGAUAGGCUAUUAAACCUGACGUGGUACAUGACCCAAGAGAAUGUGCUAGAUAUUGUGCAGGUGACCCGUCAAACUUGA